AUGGCCAGAAGGAGAAACUUUAAGAAGGGCAAUAGAAAGACCUUCGGCGCCAGAGACGACUCCAACGCUCAGAAAAACUGGACUGAGCUGGAGAAGGAGAAUCCCAAGUGGGAGAAAUACUACAAGGACCUGGGCGUGAUCCCAGAGAACGAGUGGGACGACUUCAAGAAGACAUGUCAGGCCCAGCUGCCCCUCACGUUCAGAAUCACCGGCUCCAGAAAGCACGCCCAUGAGGUGCUGGCUCUUUUCGAGGAGAAGCACUUGCCCGGCCUCACCAACGUCGAGUUCGAGGGUGAGCAGAUUCAGCCUCCUAAGCGUCUGCCAUGGUACCCCGAGAACCUUGCGUGGCAGCUUGAUGUCUCCAAGCAGGUGAUCAGGAAGAACGAGCAGUUUUCCAAGGUCCAGAGGUUCCUGGUCGUGGAGAACGCGGUCGGCAACAUCUCCAGACAGGAGGCCGUCUCCAUGAUUCCCCCCAUUGUCUUGGAGGUGGAGUCUCACCACUCCGUCUUGGACAUGUGCGCUGCGCCAGGAUCUAAGACCGCGCAAAUGAUCGAGGCUCUGCACUCCAGCGAAGACGAGCCCACCGGGUUCGUUGUCGCCAAUGACGCCGAUGCCAGAAGAUCUCAUAUGUUGGUCCAUCAGUUGAAGAGACUCAACAGUGCCAACUUGGUGGUUGUUAACCACGACGCUCAGUUCUUCCCUCGUGUCAAGACCGACAAAGAGACUAAUCAAUUUUUGAAGUUUGACAGAAUCCUUUGUGACGUGCCUUGCUCCGGUGACGGUACUAUGCGUAAAAACGUGAAUGUCUGGAAGGACUGGGGCACAGCUUCUGGCUUGGGGCUUCACACUGUGCAGUUGAACAUUUUGAAGAGAGGCCUCAACCUUCUGAAGAAGGGCGGCAGACUCGUGUACUCCACAUGUUCCAUGAACCCAAUUGAAAACGAGGCUGUUGUUGCUGCUGCCUUGAGACAGUGGGGUGACAAAAUAAAAUUGGUUGACUGUAGCGACAAACUUCCAGGCCUUGUUAGAAGCAAAGGUAUUAGCAACUGGCCUGUUAUCGAUAAGGCUUUUGAAAAAAAGGAGAAGGGAGACGAAGGUACCACUGAAAGCUGGUUUCCUCCAAGCGCUGAAGAAGCGGCAGACUUCCACCUAGAUCGCUGUAUCAGGGUUUACCCACAUCAACAGAAUACUGGUGGGUUCUUUAUCACGGUCAUUGAAAAAGUGGGAUCAGAUUCUGUUGAAACCGCCAAGAGAGCUACCACUGAAGAAGUUGCUGAUGAAGCUGCUGUUGACAAGAAGCAAAAGACCGAAGAUGGUGCUUCGGCCGCCCCAUCUGCUCCAGUCAAAAAGGAAAAGCUGCCUCGUGAUGCCAACGAGGAGCCUUUCGUCUUCCUGGAUCCCAAACACCCAGAGCUGGAAAAGUGCUGGUCUUUUUACGGUAUUGAUGAAAAGUUUGAUAAAUCCACCUGCCUGGUGAGGAAUGCUGCCGGUGAGCCAACUCGUGUCAUUUACUACACCAGCUCAUCGUUGAAGAACAUCAUUGAGGCUAACGAAGACAGACUGAAACUAGUUUACUCUGGUGUUAAGCUUUUCGUUGCUCAGAGAUCGGACAUUGAAUGCUCGUGGAGAAUACAGAACGAGGCACUCCAGAUCAUGAAGCACCACAUGAACCGCAACAGAGUUGUUGAAGCGAACGUUGAGUGCUUUAAGAUGCUUCUAAUCGAAUCGUUCCCUAGGUUUGAAGACAUGGAGAAGAGCCAUAUCGAUGACAAUUUCGUUGAAAAAAUGAAGGAAUUGUCUGCUGGAUGCGCCUUUAUCCACGUUGACAGAGGGGAAGAUAAAGAAAGCAUGUUCUUGCCAGUCUGGAACGGAACUAAGUGCGUUAACUUGAUGGUUUGUAAAGAAAGCACUCAAGAACUACUUCACCGUCUAUUCGGUAUUGAGGUUACCUCCAAGAAGCCCGCGGCCGAACCUAAAAAGGAAGAAGGUGAUGCUUCUGUCGAGCAAGAAGGCAAGUCUGAAGAAAUCGCCGGCGAUGACGCUGAAAAGUCCGCCGAUACUGCCUGA